AUGACUGUCGUCCAUUUGGAAUAUCCUCUUGUACCGGAAUAUCUCUUACCAGCAGCUGUUGAUGAUAGUCUUACACUCUAUCGUUUACUUCUUCGAGAUGGUAUUUCUUCAUCUCGUCUUAUUAUAAUGGGCGAUUCAAUCGGUGGAGGUCUUACUCUAUUGACUGUUCAAGCGAUUCUUGCUCAUAACUUACCAAAACCUUGUGCAACUAUUAUCCUUUCUCCAUUUACAGAUUUGUCAUUUUCUGGUGAGAGUUUUACACGUAAUCAUCUCACUGAUGUUGUGGCUCGUAUUGAACUAAUGACUUGA